GCAGUACUGCAGUACUACUUCCUCUAGCUACUAGCUAAGCUAGUAGUACCAGCUAGUACUUUUCCAUAUACUGACAAAGAUUUGCAUCCAUUGUCACUACUGCGAUCUCAGGCACGAAAUUGAUUAGGAAGUUUGCCCAUCUGAAGCAUGGCACCAAAGCGGGCAGCAACACCAACACAUCUCAAUGUCAACUCAGGCUGUUCUGUCAAAAUGAUGAAGAUAGGCAUGGAUCAUUGUCUUGAGGAUUUUGGUGAAGUAGUAGAAGAGGAGAAGUAUAGAAUACCAGACGAUGGAUAUUCACCCUUAGAGGGUGAACCAAUCACCUUUGAGGUGGAAGAUGAUCAAAGUCCUGGAAUGAGAACCGACACCAUAAGUCUCCUGAUGAAGAUUGACCAGCUUCAAGCAGAGCUGAAAUAUGAGCGCAGAUGUAGACAGCUGGCUGAGAGGGAACUGAAACAGUUGAAAGAGAUGAAUGACCUGAUGACCCAGAUGAGACACACAGCCCAUGACCUGAGGACUGUUCUGGAGCACGCCCGAGGGCAGCAGGGGAACGAUAUGAAUGACAUGGUGAACGAAGUUGUCUCCCCACAGAGCUUUGAGGGGAGCAUCUCCUAUAACAGCUUGCCAGUUCAGGUGUCGCAAGAGGUAGAGGAUGCUAACUACAUCCAUCUCCCCGGUGGCCUGAGAGUACCAAGGAAACUGUACAAGGGUGUCUCGGAGAUCAAGGACUUCAAGAAGUACAUUUCAGCCAUGCUGCUGGUCCUGUUUGACAGGGAGACACUGGGCACGCACAGUCUGCAGGGCAGGAGGUGUAACAUCGCCAAAGAGGAAACCCAGAAACCUCAGCUUCCCCCUGAAAUCAUGAAAAGUCUUCUAGAUCACGUGAGGAUCAAGUUUGGUGUAGAUUACAGUGCAAUCCGAGCUGCCAUCAGAAUAAAGUUGAACAAUGAAGACAAAAUGUUGAAGAAGAGACUUGUUAAGUCACCAGACAAAAUAAAAAGUAACCAAAUACCAGGAUAAAAUCACAAGAUUUUACAUCCAGUGCAAUGCUUUAUUCCACCAACAGAUGUCAGUGUGUAGACACUUGUAUAAUGUCUGAUCAGAUGGAUCAACUUUAUAAUAUGGGUUUGAUUUGUGAUUAAGACACUCACAUAGCCUUAACAACACAUUUUGCUACUUUAAUGUGUCCGUUAAGUAUGUUUCAGCUUCUCAUCUCAUCCCUCUCAUCUCACAUCAUCACAUCUAGUCUAGAUGCUGUUAAAUUAUUAUGUUUUGUAGAUGUAAAAUAUCCAAAUAAAAUGAAGGAUGUUA